AGUGAGAAUCAGAUCCUGAGCGAGCUGUAGUCAGUCGCUGUUGUGGCUGGGAGGCAGCACAGUCAGCCAAGUCUCUUCGGUUGAACCUUGACUCAGCCUGAGGUAAAAACAGGACUCUUUUAAACUAACUAACCGACCGGAAACAACAACAACAACUUCUGCUGGCCCCGUAAACAAACACCGGCUUUUUUUUUUUAGGACACCUUUAAUCCCGCAGGUGCUGAGGAAAACCGCGAGCAGAAAACACCUGAAGAGCAACAAAGCCGUGGACGGACUCGGUGGUGAAUGUUGACGGGAUGUCCAGCCAGUUGGCCGUUUCUUUGUGAAUGGAUUAGAGGCGAGCCGUGACCAUGCGCUGCCUGGCUGCUCGGGUGAACUACAAGACCCUCAUCGUCAUCUGCGCCCUCUUCACACUCAUCACGGUGUUGCUGUGGAACCGCUGCUCCAGCGACGCCUCCCUGCGCUUCCUGCCCCGCGCCGCCUUGGUGGCUCCCAGUCCCAGGGUGGGGGACUCCAGCAUCAGCAGCCAGCAGCACCCUCCACAACCUCCGGAGCCCCCGCCCGUUGUCGGGGUCGUCGCGGGGAUCAAGUACGAAGAUAUCGACUGCCUGAUCAACGAUGAAUCUACAAUCAAAGGCCGCCGGGAGGGCGGAGAGAUAUACCUGCCCUUCAGCUGGAUGGAGAAGUACUUCGAGGUGUACGGCAAAGUGGCGCAGUACGACGGCUACGACCGCUUCGAGUUCCAGCACAGCUACUCCAAGGUUUACGCGCAGCGGGAGCCGUACCACCCCGACGGGGUCUUCAUGUCCUUUGAGGGCUACAACGUGGAGGUCCGCGACCGAGUCAAGUGUAUAAGUGGAGUGGAAGGCGUGCCGCUGUCCACGCAGUGGGGCCCUCAGGGCUACUUCUACGCCAUCCAGAUCGCUCAGUACGGCUUGAGCCACUACAGCAAGAACCUGACGGAGCGCCCCCCCCACGUGGAGGUCUACGACACGGCGGAGGACAGAGACAGCCGGGCCAGCACGGCGCCCUGGGGUGUGCCGAAGGGUUGCGGCCUCAGCCGCGUCCACGACAAGACCCGAGCUACCUCCGUGCGGCAGUUCAGUGCUCCAGAGUCCUCAGAGGGCGUGUCCCUCCCGCUGGGUAACUCCAAAGACUUCAUCCUCAGCUUGGACGUGAAGUUCGUCUCCAACGGCAGUGUGUCCGUGGUCCUCGAAACCACGGAGAAGGGCUCGCCGUUCACGAUCCACUACGUGACCAACACGCAGCUCAUCGCCUUCAGAGACCACGAGAUCACGUACGGCGUCGGGCCCCGAACCGCCUGGAGCACGCUGACCCGAGACCUGCUCACCGACCUCCGGAAGGGCGUCGGCCUGUCCAACACCAAGGCUGUGAAGGCCACAAAGAUCAUGCCCAGACGGGUGGUGCGAUUAGUCCUUCACGGGCGCGGCUCCGUAGACAACGUCACCAUCUCCACCACUGCCCACAUGGCCGCCUUCUUCGCCGCCAGCGACUGGCUGAUGCGCAACCAGGACGAACGAGGCGGCUGGCCCAUCAUGGUCACCCGCAAGCUGGGCGAAGGCUUCCGGCCUCUGGAGCCCGGCUGGUACUCGGCCAUGGCUCAGGGCCAGGCCAUGUCCACCCUGGUGAGGGCCUACCUCCUCACCAAGGACCAGGCCUACCUCAACGCUGCCCUCAAGGCAGUCGGACCCUACAAGGUGCCUUCGGCGCAGCACGGGGUCAAAGCCGUGUUCAUGAACAAAUACGACUGGUAUGAAGAGUACCCCACCACACCCAGCUCCUUUGUGCUCAACGGCUUCAUCUACUCCCUGCUGGGUCUCCACGACUUGACUGAGACCGCCGGAGAGAAGCUCGGCAGGGAGGCGGGGCAGCUGUUCGGCCGCGGCAUGGAGUCGCUGAAGGCCAUGCUGCCGCUCUACGACACGGGGUCCGGGAGCAUCUACGACCUCCGUCACUUCAUGUUGGCCACGGCGCCCAACCUGGCACGCUGGGACUAUCACACCACGCACAUUAACCAGCUGCAGCUGCUGGCGUCCAUUGACAACGCUCCCGUCUUUAAGGAAGUGGUCAAGCGCUGGAAAAACUACUUAAAAGGGAUCCGUGCCAAGCACAACUGAACCAACUGUAACUCACACAACGCAAGCAGCUGAGAGGAUGACUGAAAGGUUUAGUGUGUGUGUGUGUGUGUGUGUGUGUGUGUGUGUUGCAGGUUCAUUCUGCAUCACUGACUGUCGCUCUCCCCUCCUGUGUUUUUCCUUGAGCUAGUGUUUGUAAUUAUGCACAGACCUAGUUUUUGUGUGUGUGUGUGUUUAGAGACGGCAAAUUUAUUUUUUUGUACCACUUCAUCCCAGAUUUGCAAAGUUUAUUAAACCCAAUAAACGAAAAUGAAUAUAUUAUGAAGAGGAGAAUGUUGCCAAAACACAAACAUAUCUUAUUAAUAUGGAUUUUGGAUUUAUUUCUUCCACCGCAAAGUUAUUUUUAUCAGAUGAACCCACAAGAGUCAGAAGUUUUAAAAUCGAGAUGUAUUCUUUAAACACACAAUGUUUGAGCUGCGAGGCGAGACACAUUAAUUUCAGUACCAUCACUUUAUGGAAAAGUGUUAUGCUUCCAGUUCUGUUCUGAAUCUCUUUUCCAUUAAAAACACCAGAUAAAUAGUUAAAAAUAAUUUUGGGAGGGGAUUAUAUUGAUUCUUUUAUUGACCGUAACUCUUUUUUUAAAUAGGUUUUCCUUUUUUAACAUCAAUAUUGAGUCACAGAUUAGGUUAUCUGUGGACCUCUAACCACCAUAUUUGUGUUCAGAUAGGAAAAGUGGCUCUGCUACCAGGAUACCUUCUUGGUUCCUACCCAUAAUUCCACUGUGCAUAGCUGGUACAUGUGGUCAGAGUUCACUGCGUCUUUAGCUUGUGUCACCUGGAGGGCUGCAGGUAUGACGCCGCCACAACGUGAGCGCUCCUGUUCCCUGAGAUGAUUCAUAAUCUGUCCUAAAUUUGACCCGUCAAUGCGGAAGCCACUGGAACACCUAUUCUCUUUUUUUUAAUUCUUUUUUUUUUACAUGUGAUGUUUUAAAACCAGACGUCACCAAGGUCCCUCAGUUGGUCACAAACAAACUUAAUUAUUUAUGUUCGGCUGCAGAACACACGCUACAAAUAGUUAUCGCUGCUUCACUUUAUGAGAGUCGCCGUCGCGCUUGUUCCUCAAAAAACAGUUUGGGUUAAAUAUAUUUAAACUUCCUCGUGGCGUCUUGAAAUGGACUCGGGUAAUUCCCAAUGUGCAGACGGGACUACCAAUAUGCACAAUGACCUCUUCAGAUGUAAAUGACUACAUCUUGGAUAACUUUUCUUUUCCCUGAUGAGUCUAAAUAACGGCCCAGCAGUGUCAUCAUUAAGCGCCACACUCGAGCUGUAACAUUGAAAACUAACAUUUAUUUUUUAAUUGUUUUAAUUGCGAACAUUGACCUGUCAUUGUGAAACAUUGGACUCUUCACAUCCCUUUCAUUCCCCUUUGGUGUGAACAUCAGCACCUUUUUUUUUUUUUUAGCUACAUUUUCAUGCCCCCACUUUUGACCUUUCUUUUUGAAAAGCUCUUCCUCCGAAAAAAAAAAAAAGUCGUGAUGAUGGAUGUUAUGUGGGCAGCAGAGGCACCGCUGCGCUAACACGCCGGUUUAUACGCUUAACAAUUCAACCGGCUAAUCGGCGCGGUGGCCAGUCGGGGGAUGAGUCAGCAGUCGCUACGGAAACAAGGCGGAGCCCUCGGCGUCAAUGAAGCUUUCAUCGAUCUGCCGUAAAGAUUAUUUAUGGGUCUGUUUGUCCUCCUCGAGGUGCUGAUGGGGGAUUUCUCUUUGGUCAUAUUCAUGUAAACUUUGAGAUGAAAACGUUUUUUUUUGUUUUUUUUCGUGUUGUCGUAAUGUGAGCCGAUGAGCCUCCAAUCAAAAGAAGCAUUUAUUCAUUUUGAUGUAGCGUUGGAUAGGAAAACAAUUGUUUUUGUUUCAAAGCCACUGUUGAAUCCUUCGGGCACAUCUUCCUCACCUGUCACUCGACCUCCUGAGUGAAUGAUGAAAGGACGAGCGUUGGGAAGACUUAGAGUUAAAAGAAAUAAAGUAAUAAUAUUAAGAGGACAAUGGAAAAAAUAUUUUGCAAAGGAAAAAGGACUUUGUCCUAGUUUAACCACUUUUUUUUGUCUUGAAAUAUUACGAUUUCAUUCUUCAAAUAUGCCUCUUUUUUGUCUUUUUUUCCUCCCCAAGACAUUUUGAGAUGGUUUUUUUUCCUAGAGGUUUAUUCUGUGGGUUGAAGAAAUUAUAUUGAUGUCCUAUUUUUAAAGUUUUAAAAAGAUCAAAUAUCACCAGAGAAGAAAAGUAUGAAUGCACGUUUUGAUAAUUCCAGUUUUUGUACGCUUGCUGACCUUUUCUUUUCUUUUCUUUUUCUGGUUUCUGAUCAUUUCUUCCAUUCUUCGCCAUGUAGACAGGUAGAAAAUGUGUAGUUCAAAAAACAUUCAGGAAUGGAACUUUUCUGUGAGUGAAUAACCGUCUUUUAUUUUGUUUAUACCAAAGUCAUCGAUUCAAGUGCGUUUUGAAUUUGUCUAUUUUUGUGCGAAGCGAUUUCCAUUCAGCAUUUAAAGAUGUUCAGUCUCCGUGGAGACGUCACACAGAGACACUGCCUUUUUGGGAAAUGCUAGUUAUUGAAAUGUAGGUUGAAUUAUAGCAGAGGAGACGUGUAAAACUUGCUUAUGGGAAAGGGGAAGUGUGCAACUAGAGAUUAGCAUUUAGUCAGCUGCGAGCCGCUAGCUGUAAAUUCUCUUUGAAAGUUUUUCUUUCCGUUUGUUUGUUUGUUUGCAUCAUUCGUCAUUUGUUUGCGGAGGAGCACGAUGUUUUACUAGAUAGACAAAAGCACAACUGACGUUUGUAGUCGCUUUUUAUUUUAUUUUUCUUUGUUGCAUUUAUUUUUUUUCAGGACAAUGUGCUCUGAUGUUAUUUUUAGGUAUCACGGCUUCUUUUUCUUAAUUUUAGUUGAUUUGUUAGUUGUUUUUUUUUGCUGUCUCUCCAACAAAUGACCACUUGAGGUCAAAUGUGAUUUAUGCAAUAAAAUGUUUACUGGGGGGGUCGUGAACGCCACCGGAGACCCAGAGCGGAUGUACAGACUUCAAGCACAAUGUGCAAUGCUACCAUUUUUUAGUCCCACAGAAGAGAGGUGUUUAUAUACAGAGUAAAUCUUUGUGCUUUAAAGAUGUGCUUUUUAAAAGGUGUACAAAAUAAAAGCAUUUUUCUU